AUGUCUGUUCCAUUGACUUUAAGUACACCUAUUUUAUAUAUUGUUUCAAACUUAGGUUCAAAGUGCUAUUCGAAUGUCGACAGAAACUACUAUGACCAAAAGAUACUCAUGCGUAUAAACAACACUUUCUCUGCUGGUUUGCCUAUUGUUCAUUCGAAUGCAGAGUUUUCAGCUUUAGUAAACUCAAACACUUUAGCAAACAUAAACUUAACCUUAGUUGACGCAAACUUUGUUCCUGUAAAACUUUUAUGUCCUAUGUAUUUGUCAAUGACGGCAGAAAGUUUCGAAUUGGAAGAUGCAACUGGUGAAAGUAUUGUACUACAAGAACAACUUCAACAACAAAUAGCUCAAGAACAACAAAUGCAACAAAUGGAACAAAUGCAACAACAAAGUCAAGAACAACAAAUAGCUCAAGAAUAA